AACAACAAUAUGAAUUUAGGAGUACACUCCAGCAAAUAUUCUGAAACAAAGCUGUGUGUGUGUGUGUGUGUGUGUGUGUGUACGCACACACAUAUCUCACACAGUUCUUUGCAAUCUAAUAGAUGCAACAAAGGGGCAAAAAGGAACACAGAUAGGAAAAGGGAACAAGGUACAUUAAAGCUAACCAGGUGGAAUGACCUCUGGUGGAAGGAUCAAGAUAAUAUGCUGGCAACAGUAUUCAGGUACAAUGGUACCUCAGGUUACAAACACCUCAGGUUACAAACACUUCAGGUUACAGACUCCGCUAACCUGGAAGUAGUACCUCGGGUUAAGAACUUGCUUCAGGAUGAGAGCAGAAAUCGCAUGCCGGCGGUGCCACGGCAGCAAGAGACCCCAUUAGCUAAAGUGGUACCUCAGAUUAAGAACGGUUUUAGGUUAAUAUUUUAAUAUUUUAGUGUUUCAAUAUUUUAAUGUUGUAUUGUAAUCUUGUUUUUAAGUUAUAUUCAUUCAACUUGUUUUUAUUAUUGCUUGUUAGCCGCCAUGAGCCCAGCCUUGGCUGGGGAGGGCGGGUAUAAAUCAAAGAUUAUUAUUAUUAAGAAUGGACCUCCAGAACAAAUUAAGUUCAUAAACAGAGGUACCACUGUACUAUUGGAAGUCACUCUACUUCCUAGACAGAAAGUACAGAAGAUGACUAGGACUGGAGCACUGAGGACCUGCAACAAGAAAGGAAGAGGGAAAGGAAGAGGGGGAAAGCUCCUAUUGACAGAUUUUGAAUGUACACUCUUUAAAACUCUUUAAAACUGGAAGAAAACCAUUUGUGGAUAACACCAUGGAAUGUAAAGAAAUAGAAGAAAUCAAACAACAGAGGGUGGGCAUGGCAGAAAGGUCAGAAAGACUCAGAACAUAAUAAAGCCUUUUGAUUUGAAGGAAGUUUGAUAAUGGCAAUUUAUCUGUGCCCUUAUCUGUGCUGUGGGCAAUUUCUAAAUUUUAGUAGAGCAGUUGAAAGAGACCAGGCAGUGGUUAUACUCCAGGUUUGGAGGUAUGGUGAAAGAGGAAGGUGAACUGCCCAAGAAAAAGAAAUUAAGGGACUUUUGCAAGAAUUGGGGGAAAACAACAGAACCCAUUUGGAAUGUCAUCAUGAUCAGUCCUUUUCCCAUGAAAAUGCUUUACAGUGUUUUCCUUACAGCAUAAUCCUAUACAUGUCUACUCAGAAGUAAGUCCAACUGCAUUCAGUGAGACUUACUUCCAGGUUAGUAGGUAUAUAGGACUGCAGCCUGAAUUAGAGCACUUGGAAAAGAUCACAUUGAAAUGGAUCAUCUGAGUGGACCUCACAGGAAUGAUCCAUCCGUUGAAGCUGCUUGCUGAUGGGUAUUUCCUGCAAAAUCCAUGAGGAUUUUCUGUUAUAACACAUUCACAUUCUCACACUGAUGAAAUCACAUUGAUUCCAUUACUGUGUGUGUUUGUGAAAGAGAGAGAGAGGGAGAGAUGAUAGAGAAGAAAGUGUAAAAUUGGAGGAGACAUCAGUGAAGAGUCAACAGAAAAUACUACCAUGGGUAUGACUCAGGAAAUUUGACGUAAAGCAGAAUGAUGAAUUCAGUGAGCAGACAGAUAAUACAGGGAAGACUUAUUAGGUGAAUCACACUUGAAAAACUAGCCCUUUUAUUGACACCUGAGGAAGAGAUGGACUCCACUGUGUUUAGAUACUGAAUUCUCUCCAAAAUCCAGACCAGCUGCCUGGUAAGAUUGGAUUUCUCCUUCAUUCAAGGACGUUAUACCCCCAUACUGGAUACUCCUUGUUGCAAGCCACUCCAACUGCAUAAAACUACAGAUAACAGUGUUCUGUGGGGAGUGACACUGGGGCAGCCAUUUAGGGUAUCAAACCAAUGCCCUUUCCUCACAGUGUUGGAGGAUGUGCCAAUAGAUUCAAAGCACUUGUCAAUGUUCCUCUUUUCUCUUGAUCAUGGCUCUAGCUGAUUAAGUGCCAAGACUCUUUUGAUUACUGUGCUCACCAAAUAUAUGGUUGCAAACACUACAGCAGGGUGCCUAACCUCCAGGUGUUAUUGAAUUCCCAACUCUCAUCAACCCCAGCCAGCAUGGCCCAAUGGUCAGGGGUGAUGGAAGCUGCAGUCCGGCAAUAUCUGAAGGACUCCUGGUAGGCACUCUUGUCCCUAAAACUUUUUCAAAAACCUGAAAUUCCAUAUUUCGCAAAACAUUUAUCUCUUUAACCAAUGAUAAAACUGCUUACCUUUCUAAGAUUUUGAGGAAGAGGGGAUAAGAAGAAAGUUAUGCUUUUUCCUUCCAGUAGUUUUGAUUGCCUGUCCCUGCUCUAUUGGUCUGUAAAUUGUUUACAGUAUCAUGAGCAUGCAAAAUGUUGACAAAAGAAUCAAAUUCUGUUCUUCUCCGCAAAAUAUUACUUUUACAUUAAUAGCCCCCCUCGUACUGGGUUUUAGAUGCCCUGGGCAGAAUCUCCUGUUAAAUUCAGACAUUUUUUCAUCUCCCACAAUGUUACAAAAAGCUCAGCAAUUACCAUUCAUAUGAAGAGUAACUACUUAGCUAUGUGCUUUCGGGGGCUUUUUCAGUGCCUUUGCUAAUAGGCCACCUUUAUCAGUGCUAGAAAAACCCCAUAGCUACUGUGUUCCAAACAAAAUCCUUGUGGCACUGAUCCCAUUUAAAACAAGCAGCGGCAGCAGAACUCAGAACCACUACAAUACUGUAUCUCUUUUCCUGUCGCCUUCCACACACUAGAAUGAGAGAGCAGAGCAGAAAGGGGCACAGGGGUUUACGUGAAUCCUACGACGUCAGUGUGGAUCACAUUAACUGCAUGUUCUUAUAGAGAUGAGAAGCCAAACGUGUGAAUUGCAUGUAAACAUCACCGUGGCUAUUCAUGAGGUUUGUGAGAGCUUCUUGACCCUCCGUGUGUAAAAUCUAUUAAUUCUGCAUGCUGGGAUUGCUGAGAAAAUGUAUGAAUAAAUGCAAGAGGUUAAAAAAGAAAGAAAGAAAGAAGGAAGGAAGGAAGGAAGGAAGGAAGAAGGGAGGGGAAGGGGGAGGGGGAAAAAGAAAAGAAAACCUAGCACUGGAAAUUUUGUAGCUCAGAACCAUGUGAAUAGGAAACUCUGAAGAAAGGAAGGUUAAUAUUAAGAAGAAUUAAUACACAGCAAAAUUAGAUCAAUAUAAAAAUGGAUGUACACAUCAAAUGUUGACCAUUGUCUUCUCCUUAAAAAUACAUACAUACAUACAUACAUACAUACAUACAUACAUACAGCAAGUUCUGAAGGCCGAUAGCACUUAUUGUGAACUGUUUACAGAAUCCAGCCACUGACUAGAGUACCUACAUGGCAAGAGUGCCAACUUGGCCCUGCGACUGUGGGAGCCCGGAGCUGUGGGUGCCAUGCAGCGUGCAUGGCCCUGGUACUGAAAUUUGUGGGUGCCUUCAUGGGGAAUUUUGUGGGUGCUUGGGCACCCAGGCCCCAGGAAGUUGACACCUAUGCUACGUUGCCAUCUAAUGCUCCCCAAGUGGAUCCUCAAUGCAACUCACUAUUUGCCAGGUGGGUCCACUGCAUUCUAACAGCCUCACACAUGUGGCUAUGUAGCAGUUCAGAGAACUUGACACAGAUUCCAGCUUACCAGUGGAGUAGGGAAUCUGCAUGCAUAAAACAGCUGCUGCAUCUCCCCCAACCUUUACUGGAUUCUGCUACCUGCAAGCAGAACAAACACAUCCAUCCUUCAUUUACGUAGGUCAGUACUGAGUGCUGUUGCACAUGGGUAAGCUGAGCAAUACAAGAAGCCGUAUGUGCGCAUCAGUGGGGAAACAGAAACUGUGAGCUGAUUAAUGUAUAAGGUACUUACCAAUAGAGUCACAUGAUGCAAAUCAGGGUGUUCAUCCCCAUUUAUAUACCGGUAUAUAUAUAUACCGUGUAUAUAUAUAUAUAUAUAUAUAUAUAUAUACACACACACACACACACACACACACACGUAUAUGGGAAUACAUACCCUCAGGCACAAACUGGAACUACAAUACAUGGCUUAACCACAGACACAAUCACGUUACAACUCAUACACAAUAUCUUCUUGCACUUAAUUUUCUCUAAUGAGGGCCUUGUAGACUGUCAUCCCUUUCACCACUGUCAUACAUAAAAGUCCCAGUUUCAAAAGAUAACAGAUGUUACAUGGAUUUUUCAGCUGCUAAAUCUUGAGUAGAAUUAGGUGUAGGAAGACCAAAAGGUACAACUCUUGUGCAAUAUAUAUGUAGGCAAAUGUGUUUAGAAACUUUUUUUUUUUUUUACAUUUCAGCUUAUAUGUGUGUGUUUUAAUGAGCUGAAUUUUUAAACAAAACACCUAGCUGGCUUUUCCAUUUUUAUAGAAUCUAAUCUAUUCAGUCCAUAUAUUCCCUUCUACCUAAAGAGAUUGCGAUCCAAACCCAUCUCACACUGGGCUAUGGGGAGUUUGCAUUGAGCAGAGCUUCCCUCCACUUGCUUCUGAUGUCUUAUCCAGCUUUCUUCCACCCACCAAUGGCAAAAGAACUCGAGCAUCACUCCACUAGCCAAGACCUCCCACUUCCACCUUCCACUUCCACUCAAAUGGGCAGGCAAAAGAGCUGCCAGUGAUACCCCUGGCAGCAGAGCCCUGAGGGAUUCCUGGAAAUUGGGUGUUCCAAGGACACUGCAAUUCUGAGCUGACAUGGGGUCUAUGGAUCAUAAGAUACUCUCUCAGCCAGUGCUGGUGAGCAUCAGGCCUGAUGUGGGCCCAAAGACUGUACCAGCCUGGAACUAGUACACAUAUAAGGCCCAGUCUGCCUGACCACACCUGCUACUGCCACCAUGAGUGGCUGGAAUGCAGGUGCAGUGGUGGCCUCAGUACUCCACAGACCCUCAGAAGUGGCAGCAGGAAGUUUGCGUUGUUGCCUCUGUAAGACAGCCACAUUUUCUUCACUCAGUCCUAGCAACAAAUUAAUCAUCCGGUCAUUUUAUUGCUUACAUGUGUUAUGAGAGCUUGCAGCUUUGGUGAGUUAGAUUGAAAUGAUCACUUACAAUUUCUGGAGUUCAAAGGCUUCAUUCAUGCAGGAACAGAUUUAUCUUGGUUGGAGAGAGAGAGAGAGAGAGAGAGAGAGAGAGAGAGAGAAUAGCAGACAUCUUGUCUCAACAAGUUGGGAGAAAUGGCUCAGUGGGGUUAACAGACAAAGAUGCUACAAACAGGUUUACUAGACAGUGUCCUCAUGUGGUUUAAAGUAACAUGUGCAUUAACUAGAAGCUCAGAAUAGAAGGAAAUGCUUUUCUCCAGCUUAAAUUAUAUAAGCAAAAUAGACUGUUAAUAAAUAUAUCUACUAUGUAGCUUGGUCUAAUAAUAACAGAGUGGGUGGCAAGAUCUACAUUUCUGUUCCCUUGAUUUAAGUAUGAGGGACUGCAUCAAGGACCACAGACUCCGACCACAGACUCUUAAUCAAGUCCAAAGAUUAGGGUUAAAGAUGAAUAUGCAAAAUUUUAUAUAUAUUUUUAAUUGUCUUCAGUGAGGCCUACUCCCAAGUAAGCAUGCAUGGGUUUGCAGCUGUAGUCCCAUUAAAGUCCAGCUUAAGUUCCUAGUUUCAAUAUUAUGCAUAAACUUUCCACAGUGUUGCCCCUCAGACAAAGCAUUCCCUUUGCACAAUAACCUGUCAGAACCUCAAGCAUAAACUGGAAGUUAAAAACAUGUAAUUAUAAACACAAGUCUUAGCCAGGUCAUGUCCUUAUGAACACAACACUGACUUCAUAGCUAUUGGGAAAUGAGGGAAAAUCUUCCCAGAGUGGAGCUUUAAAAAGCUUUAUAUCACAGUCACAGUCAGUGGCAGAACUAUACUAGCCCACAAGUUCUUACAUGGCCAUGAAUGGAUUUUCUCUGAGCUGAAGGUCCUUUACUCUGAGCUGUAAGACUCGUUUGUUUAUUUUACAGGGUAAAGAUUAAUGUUACCAUAAUGUUAAAUAUUACAUAGUUCUCUGCAUACCAGGAAGUUUCCUUAAAUUAAAUAAAUAAAUAAAUAAAAUCUAGUUUUCAUUGUUACUGCUUUCCAAAUUUCUCAGUUUUCUUUUCUUUCACACCACUCAUGAAUACUAAUAAGCACUUCGCACUUCAGCAGCUAAGACUGCAAUCCUAAACACACUUUAUCUGAGAAUAAGUCCUGUAAAAUGGGGCAUACUUCUGAGCAGACAGGUAUAGGGUUGCACUGUCACAUGUUUUACUUCCCUUGUAUAUCUCGUGCAGUUGCAUACACAUGUUGUAUAAGACUGAAUUUCCAGAAUAUGGAGUUCUGAGGAAUAUAUUCCCACAUUAGAAAAGAGAACUGGCUGUUCACGAAACAAAAGGUGCAAGGCACCUCUGUAAAUUCCAAAUAUGAAGUCCCUAAAUGACCAUGUCAAAUGGCAUUGCUCUUGAGGUGGAUGCAGGAUGCUUUAUAUUGGCCUGACAUACUCAUUUUUGCUCCAGAGACCAACAUCAAACUCCUCCACCUCCUUCUAAGUGGUGCAAAGGUGCUUUCUGUCAACCCCCUUAAGGUGAGAAGGGAGUCAGGGAACUUGGUCCUUAAAGAGUUUUCUUUUCUUCCUGUCAGAGCAGAAUAAAAUGGCAAGAAACGGGAUGAGGGAUAAACUGCCACCAGUUAAAAAGAAGCAGACCGGGAAGGUGCCUUGUCACCAUGGCAACGAGGCCAGGAACAUUUCUGAAAGAUGGGCUUUUUUGCUUGCUUUUCACCUGCCAAUCUUCCUCUUCCCUCCUUCUCUUCCCUCAAAUGUAACUCUCCCUCUGCAGGAGACACGCUGUGACAUUUACACUCCCACUAAUAAGCCGGCUGCAUGAUGGGCAAACUCCUUGGGAGAGCAUCUGUCACAAAGCCCAAACAGCAAGGCUCUGCAGCUGAGGGAAAGAGUUUGAUUCUCUCAGGCAGUUAGUGCAGGGAUUGGUGCCUUUCCCUCCCCCCCCCCCCAUUGUCUUCAUGUUCUAUUAUUACUAGUGCUAUUAAGUCAGGAGACUGUAAGAAAAAGCAGCAGGCAUGGUCUUUUGGAGCCAAGAAGCCAAGGCAAGCCAUGGCAAGCUGGAAUUGUUUUCUUGCCUUUGUGGUGUGUGGCAAUGACCCUGGUGCCAACAUCCAGCUGGGAAGGAACUAUGUGAUUGCAAGACAAUAGUCACUCUCCAGAGAACCUCUUUGCAAUUAGAAACGCUAUCCUUCUAGCAAAGAAAGCCUGAGAGCCAAGAAGUGGCAAGAUGCCCGUGGAGCAGUUUCAAGCCUAAAUCUACAUUGUGACAACUGGAUUUUUGACAAGUGCACACACACACACUCUCCCUCUCUCUCCUUCUCUCCAGCCAAGCUUCAUUCGGCCUCAUAACCCAUAUUUUUCAUGCCAUUCCACACACCCUGGCCUGUCUUGACUGUGGUAGCAAGAAGGAAAAUUAGGAUCACGGCUCUGAGUCCCAGUUGUGCCAUGCAGCCUAUAGACAUUGAGCAGAUGUAUAAAUGGCACUGCUGCUGAUUGUACUUGUGUGGUAAUUCAAGCUUGGGUGUAUUUCCAUUACAAUUACAUGCCCCCAUUGGCAGCUCAUUAAGAAUCAAAGCACUGAUGUGUGAAUAAGUUUCUAUCAGGAGAGCUUUGGAAAUCUGAAAGAAGGAAAUUUGAACCCCAACUUGCACACACAGCGCACCCUGAACAUGUUAUCUCUCACUCAAUAUCCAUUUCCCCUCUCAUUUUGUGUGAGUGAGGGGAAGGGGGAGGGACAAACAAAAAGCAUGAGCUAAUAUUUACGCUUCUAAAUGUGAAAAGAACAUGAUCAGAUCUUCAAAGUGGAGACCGGCUGUCAAAUAUCCCCUUUCUGCAGAUGGGCAACUAGUGUGAUGGGUUUUUGAGCACCAGAAUCGUGAUAAAAUAGAUAAUUCGAAAAAGGCUGGAAUAUUUACAACUAGAAAAUGCAUGAAAGAUGAAUCUGGAUUAAUGGUUCAUCAGCAUGGGAAAGGCUAGAGAAGAGUUGAGUGUGCACUGAGCUCAUUUCUGGAGCAGAGAUUCUUAUUUCCAUCUCAGAAUUUUAGGGUUCUGAAGGACUGAGUAAGCCAAUAUAAUAAAGGAUCGCAGUCUACUAGCAUUCACAUUUCAGUGCAUAAAGAAGAGAGGGGAGAACAAAUACUCCAUGCCAAAGGUAUCUGCAUGGUAAGCUCCAUUGUCAGAAAGCAACACUAUAAUUUGAAUUUAUAGGUCAUAUAGCUUUGGGGUUAUGAUGAAGCUACAAAGAGGCUGUGUGAGGGAACUAGAAGUUUGCCUAUAGAUGAAUACAUUAUAACUGAUUAUACUAAAAACUCACACCAAAAUCGAAAAUGAUAAAUAAAACACGAAUCUGACAAGGGUGUUGCAUUUCCACCUUCCUUUUGAAAGAACCACGAAAAGUUGCAUCAUAAAGUUGCCAAGCUUUUAUCCCUUGAGAUGGAUUCUAACAACAGCAGAAAUCUCAGAAAGCACAGCAUAUGUUUCCAGUAUCCCCUGCAAAAGAAGAAUUGGCUGUAUCUAAAGAUCACAGAUUUGUGAUUCAAUCCAUAGGCUUUAGCAUUUGAAACAUACACUUUGAACUAGCUGUGUUUUAUUGAGAGAGAACUGAGUAGGUAAGCAAGUAAAAGUAAGGCAAGCAUCCCUGCUGCUGAACCGGAAAAGAGGAGCAAGAUUAAACAUUUUAAAUAUAUAUAUAUUCCUACUUGUAAAGACCACUAUCAGUUAAUGAAAGCAGACAAACAUUUUAGAAUAUGGCGGACAUUUUGACACAUAUUUGCUGCAUUCUGAAUCAUUUAGUUUCAGGACAGAGUAUGUGUGUCGACUUUUAUCAAACUUUAUAAUAUUUGUCGGGUUUUAUCUUACAUUUACAUUUGCCGGCUGCAUUAAUGACAUGAACCUGAUAUUUAUGACAGCCAUGACAAAGUCCCUUUUUUAUUUGAAAGGUGUAAUAUGGUCUUGGAACCAUAUUGCUGAAAAUUCAGGAACUGACUGAGGUACACACAUAAACAACACUGUUCUAUGUUAAACUUUUAUGAUUCAAUAAUCGCUUGUAGAAAUGUACCUCUGACUUAAACAGCCUAUUCAAGCACUAUUUACCUCAGGUAAACCCAGCAACCAUCUGAUAUCUGUGGUCUGCAUAUUGUUAACUAGAUGUGAAACUAGUUAACUAACUAAAACUCAGACUGAAUCAAAUGUAUAGAAUAGUCGUCACAUUAGACACCAAUGUUUGCUGUGCUGCUAAUGCCUUUACAGAUCAGCUUCUACCUUUGUAAAAUAGGGAAGAAUUAUACCUAUAUAUUUAACAGGGGCAGAUUAAUUACUGGGUGUUUUUAAAAUAAGUUUGCAAUCGACAUCAAACACUAAAGAUGACCAAUAGGUGACUAAUAGCCCUCCUUUAUCAAAAAAAAUUUUAAUGCAUCAACUGAACUUAGGCACAUAAUAACUGCUUUUUUGAAUAGAAAUCAAAUGCAUGUCUAUGGCGAGCACCUUUUCAGUGUCACUGCAACCUGGAUAUUGCACAAAGGGGGAGGGCCAUGUCAGAAGAGAAUAAAGCAAGUGAUUUUGAUUUGUUGCUCAGCAACAGAAGUUGCGGGGGAAACAAUCAAAGAAGAAAAGGAAUAGGCAUUUCCAAGAGAGUGAGUUAUUUUAGGAGAGGAAAAGAUUGGAGACUAGCAAAAUGUCAGCUCACAGUAGAUAACAUUUUUUUAUAUCAAUAAUUGAAAGUCCCUAGGCAUUUGAGGGCACAUAAGUAUUUAAGGAUGAUUCAAAACAUCUAGUCCACACCUUUCCCAAAGAGUUGCAAAGCCACUGAAGUGUUUAAUCAACUUUGUGUGUUCAGUGGGGGAAGAAUAUUCAGAUGCAAAGAAGGGAAGUUGAAAUGUCUUCUGUGUGUUUUAAAACAAGUGGUGGCUUCCCAGGAUUACUGUCUCAUAUGUAGCACUUUGUGUCGUUGUUCUGAAGAAUAGUGUUGUGCUAACAGCAUGUUUUCCCCUCCCACAUCCCUUCUCCCUUUUCCUUUCUCUUGUAGGACAAAACAAGUGCUUUGAGUCUCAGCAACGUAGCCGGUGUUUUCUACAUCCUCAUCGGUGGGCUUGGACUAGCCAUGCUGGUUGCCUUAAUCGAGUUUUGUUACAAGUCCAGAAGUGAAUCAAAACGGAUGAAGGUGGCAACACAUUCACAGGCCUUUCACACCUUCUUUCUGAUACCAGCCAGACUCCUAAUAUUCCUUUAG